GGGGGGCGCCGGCUGCGGCGCGGAGCGGCGCGGAGCGGGACCGGGCCAGGGCUGAGGAAUUGGGCUGGCGAACAAUAGCGGCACUAGAAAACAAUGGAGCUGCUGCACCUUCGCGCUUAGGGACGCCAGACGGACACUCGGAAGAAAUCCCGGCUCCAAAAUAGCGCCUGGGCCGGAGCCAGCGCUGCACCGGCUCGUGGGAGCCGUCCAUCGAGCACCAUCGGUCAAGUCAAGGAUCUGCCAGGACGGGCUCUCAUGAAAGAAGAGUGGGAGGAUGGAUUACGGCGGCUGCGAGUACCUGGUCCCCUGCGGAAAAGACAAAUACAUCUCCAAAAAUGAGCUGCUCUUACACUUGAAGACGUACAACAUCUACUACGAAGGGCAAAAUUUGCAGCUGCGGCACCGGGAGGAGGAAGGCGAGCUCAUCGUGGAGGGGCUGCUGAACAUCUCCUGGGGCUUGCGGCGACCCAUCCGCCUGCAGAUGCAGGACGACAACCAGCGCAUCCGUCCGCCACCCUCCUCCUCCUCCUGGCACUCUGGCUGCAACCUGGGAGCCCAUGGGUCCGUGCUGAAGCCCAGCACCUUGCCGGACAUCCAGGUUACGGAUGCGGAGGCCAUGCCAAACGCAGAGGCUCCUGGGAGCUGCGCAGCCACCAAAUCGCAGCCGGAGGAGACACCGCAGCUGAUGCGGACACGGAGCGACGUGGGCGUGCGACGCCGGGGCAGCGCCCGCACCCCCAGCGAGCAGCGGCGCAUCCGCCGUCACCGCUUCUCCAUCAACGGGCACUUCUACAACCACAAGACGUCCGUGUUCACGCCGGCGUACGGCUCCGUCACCAACGUCCGGAUAAACAGCACGAUGACGACCCCCCAGGUCCUCAAACUGCUGCUCAAUAAAUUCAAGAUUGAAAACUCGGCGGAGGAGUUUGCGCUGUACAUCGUCCACACCAGCGGAGAGAAGCAGAAGCUGCGAGCCAGCGAUUACCCCCUGAUCGCCCGCAUCCUGCAAGGCCCCUGCGAGCAGGUCUCCAAGGUCUUCCUCAUGGAGAAGGACCAGGUGGAAGAAGUCACCUAUGACGUUGCUCAGUACAUCAAAUUCGAGAUGCCCGUCCUCAGGAGCUUCAUCCAGAAGCUGGAGGAAGAGGAGGAUCGCGAAGUGAAGAAGCUAAUGCGCAAAUACUCCAUCCUCCGGCUGAUGAUUGAGCAAAGGCUGGAGGAGAUUUCUGAAGGUCCGACGGCGAUGUGAAACGCUUUGCCAGCGCCCGGGCUCCGAGUUGCAUCACACGAAGAGCCUUUUGCCCACAGGACGUACUGUACCAAAUUCCAAACCUCCGUCUUUCCCGGAGCACUCCCGGUAUCCACCCGGAUCGCUGCGGCUCUGAGCCAACCCAUACUCCCGCACCUUCAUCUGCGCAGCAUCCUCGGGGGAUUCCUCUUUGGCAAAUGGGGUUUUUCCCAGCAAGGCUCUGGCCAGUGGCAGCUUCAGCCAAAACCUCAAACCCCUGGAAAUAACAGGUUAAAAAAAAAAAAAAGGAAAUCUGUGAGCAGGGUGAGGGCUGCAAGCGUUGGAGAGGAAGAAUUUUGGGCUCAGUUUGAAGAUGCUCACUUCAGCAGUGCCCGCUCGUGGCUCCCGGCGGAGGACCCGCUGCUUGGUGGCAAGAGAGCACAAAUAAUUCCUCUUUUUAAAAAAAACAACAAAAAAGCACAUUUCUAUUGCAAUAAUUCACAGGUGACUGGAACCUUUUGUAAAUCGGAAGGGUCGGCUGAGAAUUGGGGUUUUUUUAACACUUUUGCUGCCAAAAGCAAGCCUGGGGACUGAUGGUUGGAUUUACAGCAAAAGAGUAAAUCGCAUUUUUCCGGCGUGUUCCCUUAACCUGCAUUUGGUCUCAUAACUCCCUCCUUACCCCAUUUCUAAUUUGCACUAAUUUUAGGGAUUUUUAAAACAAAAAAACAAACCACGAUGUCAAACCUCUCUGGUAGCUGUAACAUGCCAAAUAGUGCUCACAGGAAUAGUUGA